AUGCGCGCGUAUGCCGGAGCGCUGUUCAGCUGCGAUGUCGCAGUGAAGCAAAUGAUUCUGGCCAUUGACGAGCAUACGCCGUGCAUUGUGAUGGAUCUGGACGAGACCCAUGUCCUUGUAAAUGCCAACAUGGUCGAUACCCUGCAGGGCAUGCUCGAAGCCGAGGUAAGUGGCGUGGCUAACGCAGUUUGA